CGCUCAGCACUUGUGAUAGCAAUCGACAGUGCGAGCCGACGGCUGCUCUCCUCGCCUUCGUCAUUCUGAAGUUUCAUCAGACCACAAUUUUCCUCAUAUCAGAGGUUCAUUAUGGAGAGACUCACGAUAUGCUGGAGUCUCGUUCUUCUGAUCUCUUUGAUAGGGAUUUUCCAGUCAGAGGCGAGCAACCUUGGCCUCAAGAAGUCUAUCAAUCUUACGUACUACGUCCACGACACAUUUGUUAAAGGAUCUGAGACCUCUGUCGUUGUUGCAACCGUUGGAGAAAACAAGGGAGAUCCUGCCUUCGGAGAUAUCAGAGUAUUCCACAGCCCGAUAAGGGCGACAGAGGACAGAAACUCGCUCCUGCUCGGGAACACGGGUGGAACUCUCGCUGAUAUAUCGCAUUUGGAAAAUAACACAUAUCACGCGUCUUUCUCGGUCUCGUAUAACUCUUCGGAAUACGUCGGCACCUUCAGUGUCCAAGGACGAGUUACUCCCGGCACAACGACGUGGGAAGUACCGAUCAUCGCUGGAACGGGUGAUUUUCGUGGUGCUCAAGGCUAUGGCAUUGCGAAAGCUUACAAUGUCACCGAUAUCAGUGACGUCCUAUUCAAGUACGAUGUUUUCUUGAACGUUGAAGUCGCUGAUAGUUACUCUAGAGCUCAGCAGACGAUGUAGACUGGCGUCCUGAUGUUGAAACCUUCUCUUUCUGAGAACUCGAGGACAUCUUCUCAAGUAGAAUAAGACGAGCUGCGAGCAAGUGCAGAGUGCAAUGUUGAAGUUUUUAGUACGAAUAAUGUUGGUUGUAGGAGCUGCGGCUCGGGGCAGUUGCUCGAGAACAAUGCUACUGACGAUUGCUCGCAGUUGCGAAGACCUCUAUGAGAUCGUAGUAUUAUCAUCCCAUACCCUCAGAAUUCAGUCCUGCGUGUCAGUAACUCAUUGCUGUUUUUCAUAGUUUUACGGCAUUGAAAUUCUGCAACCUGAGAUCUUAGCUGACUCUUCUGGUCAUAUAAUGUAAAUAUGAGAGCUUUUGCACUCGGUCAGAUCUCGUAGUAUUUUUCCUUGCAAAAAUGUUUUUC